GCAAAACGGAAAUCCCAUCAAAGGAUACGCACCACAUCUGAGGCAACAAACUCCGUGUCCGACAACAGUUGCAGUCUAUCAUCAUUUGACUUAUGUCUGGCAUCCAUACAAGAAGUGACACAAAAUAGUAGCCUAGCCUUCGCUACCAAUAGGGAGAACCUGCACCUGGCCUGUAGGAAAUUAAAAGAAGGCGUCGUUUGUGCGGACAAUCACAUGAAGAACUGCACGAAUCGGAGCCAAAAAAAUCUAUUUGAAGAGAUAGUGAACGGAACAAAACAAGUGCUGAACCUAUUGUGUCAAACCGGAGACUUUCAAAAUAAUUAUUUACGAUAUGCCCAGUGCUUCAAGAAUGUGUCGAUGUCUGAGCAAAAGUGUGCCGGAUGCUUCAAGAAUGUGUCGAUGUCUGAGCAAAAGUGUGCCGGAGUAUUGAGAAGAGUGCAGAAUAUGAGUAUUGAUCCGCAAAACACAUCCGACAUGGAGGCAGAACUGAAGACAUUUUGCUGCGCAUUUCAAGAGUCAGUUGAGUGUCAAAUAGAUUUCGUGCGACGAGAUUGCGGUGAGAAAGCCGUCGACUUCUUUGAAACAUAUCUCAAACAGAUCUCAUCAUCACUUAUGCAUCAGCACUGCAUCUCAUACACCUACCAUGGUAAUUGUAAGCCCAAAAUUGAUAGCUUAAGUAACUCAUCGCACAUUCAGCGUAACAUGAAUUUUAAUUUUCUUAUACUAGCCGUAACAAUUACUCAAAUAUUAGCCCAAUUUGUAUGUAAGCUUUUUUAUUAGGUUUAUGAGCU